GCAGAUGUCACUGAAGAAGAUGAGGUGCGCUGGACCCGGCCCGCUCAGUGCUCGCCCGACGGACGCAGGUGGCAGGCGGCGAACGGACUGACUGGCUGCUGCUACGAGGAAGGCCCGGUUCCCUACGUCUCGAGAUAUUCACGUGUCCAUCUGCGACAGUCCUAAGCGGUUCGUCUCGUGCCUCUGCAUUAUGGAUGUGUUUCGACCAAACAUCGUGUUCCUCACGGUGAUCGCAAGCUUCGCUGUGUCUGUCGAUGGCGCAGCGAACUACUGGGGUGCGGACAACAGGAUCGUGUCCGUCGCGGGCAGGCCCUACACGCGUGACCAGGUGUACCAACCGGAGUACUACUACCCAGAUGAGGAGUACAGCAACCGCAUAGGGCAAGCCGUCAACAGAGGUCGGCCGCUGUACACCGUCGCCGGAAGACACUGGGAGCAUCGGGUGGCGGUCCCACACAGCGGGUCCCGUGUCCCUGAGGGGCACUACGACAAGCUGCCUCGCCGCAGGACCACCGGCCUCUUCCGGUCCUCUCAGUGGGGCUCUGCCACGAUCCCGUACAGGGGCGCCAAGGUCAAUGUUCCGGUUCUGUCUGGAAACAAGAAGGCGUAUCGAGGCACCAUCACCACGACAGUGCUCCAACCCCGCAGCCACGAUGAUCGGACCGGCUCCGAGUUCCCCACGACUGACUCAGGUCUGAAGGCAGUUCAAGACUCUCCGGACCUCAGCUCGACAGGCAAGUUGUGCGUUCUCUGUCCGGACGACAGGCACGUCGUCGCUACCAAGGAAACUACGUUCGCUCUUGUUGAGCCGCCAGCAGUGAAGCCGUGUCACAACUCUCCGGCCACUCGGGCGUUGUUAUCUGAAGUGCGAGCAGAAUCACUGUUUGGCCCACGGCCUGGAACAACUGUAGGAGAGGGAAGCUACAACAUUUUGAUACGGCUUAUCCACAACAGAGAGCAGCUUACAAUGUGCAAGUACCACUACCAUGUAACAGUUCGAAAGUGCCCACCACUGCACCUUCAUGAACACGCACAUGUGCGUUGUUCACUCAACAACGCAUGGGGAUCUCGAUGUCAACUAACCUGCAGCCAAGGUUAUGAACUAGUGGGGCAUAACAUCACUGAAUGUGGGGACAAACUGAAAUGGACAAACCCACUGCCACGCUGCUUAGCUGUGAAAGGCUGCCCAUUGCCCAUGAGUCCAGAAAAUGGUCGUCUCAGCUGUGAGACUCCUGGGAGUGGGGAAGGUUCAGACGUCACUAGCAGUGGGGAGCUGCUCAAGGAGGGAAGUGUGUGUCGAUAUGACUGUGACCCAGGCUACGCAGUGCCACAAUCACAGUGGCACCUGAUGGUGAUAAGGUGCAGGGCUCACUCAUGGAACAGCACAACAGAUCCAAGCUGUCAGGCAGACGAUGGCAAUACGCCCCAGUUGCUACUGGCAGACACAGAGUACCACCAUCCCUUGAGGCAUCAUCAGAAGAGAAGACCUUGUUGGGCCAACCCAUGCCAGGCAGGAGGGACCUGCCUUAAUGGGCCUCACCCCAGAAGGUCCGUGCUAUGUAUCUGUCCACGGGACAGAGAAGGCGAGUUCUGUGAGCGAGCCAGAUGCCAGGAGGAAAUGUGUGAGAAUGGAGGCCGGUGUAUAGUGCUUGGUGACAAGGCUGCCUGCUACUGUCCACCCGGAUUUACUGGACCCAAGUGCCAGGUCUCACAGGGUACAGGCUAGUUUCCCAGACUGGUGGCCUGCACUCACAUCACUGCCACUGGUCUGCUAGAUAUAGACCAGUCUAUGUAUCUGUCUAAUCUGCAUCUUGAUGAGUGGACCUUUUACCUGCUACUCAUGGCAUCCGGUUUGAACACCACAAACACUGCAAGAUAUCAAGCCACCUUCCAACACUGAACAUGUGACACAUUCUAAUUCUGUUAUUUUCAGUGGUUAAAAGCGACUAUUUAGAUUAUAUAUGUGCACAUUCAAUAAAUGUGCCAAAUGCACACAUCAGAGUCCAGAAUUCAUAACAGUGCAAUUUCUGCAAUAACGUACUCACAGAGCAGAGCUAAGGACUUCUGCCAGUUUAAACCCUUUUGUGUUGAAGUGUCUAGUCUAACAGUAGGAAGUAAUAACAUCUGUACAGCUGAAUCCAUUACUCUUUAAAUGACAAAACAGAGUCAGUUUAACUACCAGGCCCUAUUUGAACAUGUGUCAUGUUAACUGAUAUUUUAGUAACUUAAUGAUUCUGUCAACAUUUGUGACAUUCAGAGCAAUUAUGUUGCAGUCUGUUCACUGUCUGAGGUGCAACACAUCCAUGACCUUUCAGGAGUUCAUUCUGUGACCGUGUUCAAGCAAUUGGUUGUCAUUAUACUAACAGGUUCUUUUAUUUGUUAUGUUUCUGAUACAGUGGCAGCAGUCAGAUCUGAACCGAAAACCACUGCGAUACUAAAUGCAUAUGCCACGCAAGUAAUCUAGUGGUUAGCACACAAGUGAAGCAUUCAGUGAUUACAGGUGGUUCCAACUAUUCAGAUUAAUACUGAAAAUGAAACAACAUGUGUCAGUGUAACGACAACCAAUCCCAGAAUGAAAGUCUUCAAGCUUCCUCAGCUGAUCAGCAGGGCAGCGCUUCAGAGCGUCAGAUUUAACCCAGCUGAUUGCCCAAGAAGAUUUUAGUAAAUCCCAAAUAUGUAUACCAAAGAUCUCCAGCAAUGGAGAAUGUCCGACAAAAAUGCAGUAUAUUUUAGUCACUUGUUAUAAUGUCUCCAUAAUACAUAAUCUAGUUGUGCUGUGUCAUAGUGAAGCCAAAGAGACUUCUCAGACAACCGAUUCUUGUAACUUCACUAGAAAAGUUUCUAAUGGAAAACUUCUCACAUGUAAAAACAUAAUUAAUUAAAAAUUACACACUGACA